GUUUGAUGCUAGCCACUCAUCCGCCGCUUCUUCGAUUCUCACUGCCAGUGGCAGGAGGCUCUGAGUGCAUUCAUUGAAUAUUUAGUUCUGAGUCCAGCUCAUACACAUACACUAUAUUUUCACCCAGCACCGCUCCAGGCAACUUUACCUCACGACAUCAUCUAGGUGACAGUGAACGUGCAUACGCCAAUCUCACUGAUGCGGCCAGAUAUCGUCCAGUUGAUAGCAAACUUAGUUACUGCGGCGAACAGUUUACGGAGUUCUCAACAACUUCGUCCGCUUCCCAUCUUCUCUGCAAUACCUACAACGAAUGUGAUGCCAUCAUCUAGCACCAUAUAACCACCUGCCACGCUCGGCGUUUCUUCAUCCUGUAUAUUUAUUUGACCUUAAAAUAGUCUCAUCGUGAAGCGAACAUCAAAAUAUGGCGAUACUUACGGUCAGAUGGGCUCAGAGCGCUACGCCCUGUACUGCCAUGCUUGUACUAGACACCGCAUUGCCAUGUCAGAACAACUUGAAGACAACAUUGUUGGUCUCCAAUGGAACGACAGUAUAUCCGUAGCGCUCUUCACAGUGAUGUUCUACGAGUACCUUCUUCUUUUUGACAAAGAGCUUAAGUAUGUCUGGAACAGACCGUGGUCACUAAUGUCAUGCCUGUACCUUGUUGUUCGAUAUCUUGGUCUUUUCCUUUCAAUAACUUGGGGCUGCUGGGGAGGAAUGUUUUAUAUAGCUGAAUCAGUGAGCUACGACAUUCUUGUUGUACUGGAAUGGGGUGCGUCUGUGUAUUUUUGCUUUGCGGAAGCCAUUCUCAUCUGGCGUCUUUACGCACUAUGCAACCAAUCGAAAUUCCUACUUUAUGUUUAUGUUGCAAUAGGGUCGUUCUUGCCUAUCGUCGCCCUUUUGAUAGGCACGGAUAUCUAUCUUUAUAGUCGACCUCACGCGUUCUCAGUCAAAGAAUUGAUUACUCCGAACGCCAAGUACUGCACCUUUUCCUUCAACAUUGGGCCUAUGACUGCGAUCUAUUUGUCCAUCCCCAUUGUGUGCUAUGAUGUCCUCCUAGUUGCUCUCGCGGCUGCCACCCUCGUAAGACACUUCAAGGAACAAAGGGGAUACAACAUGAGGCCUAAUACCUAUAUGGUAAUGAUUGUCCGAUAUCAUAUCAUGUACUUUGUUCUGAAUUUGACAAACCAAAUCUUAAUGGUGAUAUUAUGGGCUCACAUUCCAAUCUCGGGGAUGAAUCUCUCAGAGCUUUUCAGUGAUACGAUGCCAUUUAUUCUCGCUCCCCGUCUUAUCAUCAGCAUUUGGGACACGCAUGCCCAGGACGACUGCUUGCAUGUCAGUACAACGUUCGAGGAUUGUUUAUGUUUGACUUCGCCGCCGAGGUUCGAGCAGCACGAGCUGAUCUCUGACAUCCAAUUAACCCGGCAUACUGGGGUGUCUUGCGAGAGUGUACACCACGAGCAAUGUUGAAAAUAUAGGGGGUGACCCCAUUUGCUGCUGCGGGAGUUCAGCAGUGGAGGUUCGGGCUUUCGGCCGGUAUCGUCAGAUGCCUUCCGCGUCUAUUCAAGCGAAGUUGCUGCACGAGUUGAUCUUGUGUGGUUGGUCCGUACAUGAUGAGCGUGAUCCAUCUGUGUCCAUCCUUUCUUGAUUAUCUUGUCUAGUGGUUCAUACGUA